AUGGACCAAGUUCAUUCAGCACAGGGCAACAGCCACACGCGUUUGCUUGGGAAUGAUUAUGCACUUGCAUCUGUGGCCAGAGUCUUGGCUAUCACUAAUGGCACACAUCCUGGAAUGGUUGAUCUGAAGGCCUUGAUCACAAACAUGUUUGCCUUCGAGGAUGUGGAUAAGGCCUGGGAGGCAGCGAAGAAUGGCAAGGGAACCAAGACCUUGAUUCGAGGUGCGGGAUUCUAG